ACAAGGCCACAAUAAUUCUUCAACCCUUCCACCAAGUUGAAAUCCGUACUCAUUUGCCUACAUUAAAGCCACUAGAAAACUCCCCGACAAAAGCCCGACUGUAUUUCCAUCCCGCCGUCCGACUCAUUUCCCGGCGGCGCCUCCGAUGGAUUCCUCCCCUCCUCUCCGCCCUCCUCCCAUCUGGGUCGCCGAUUCCCUAUUCGGGUUUUCUGACACAUCGUCCUCCGGCAUCAGCACGCCCUUCGGGUCUCUCGACUCGACCCGAACCGAAACAGAGAGCGACGACGAAGAAGAUUACGGCGACGGCGCUGAAGACUUCCUCGCCGAGUUGACUCGCCAGGUCGCCGGUUUCACGCUUCAAGGCGAGGACGACGACGAAGAGGAAGAAGACCCGAGUAUUGUUCUUCAAGACCACCCCACCGAGCCCAGAGAGGCCCUCAAACCUUCGGCGAGAAAGAAACAGAGCAGCCCCGCUCCGGGAAGAAGGCGAGUCGAGAAAGGCGAUUCGACUCAGCAGCGAGUUGAGCACGGGGCGGAGCAGAAGAAGGGAAAAAGAAGAGGAAGCGGCGGAAGGUCCCAGGCGUUGAAAUCCAGGUCGGGUAUGCAAGCGGUUUUCCUUGGCGGGUCGGGUUAUGCAACCGGCGGUGCCUCCAGUAGCAGUGGGACCGGCGUUUUCCUCCCCCGCGGAAUCAGCAACCACCGCUGCCCAACGGAAUGUAAGAGGAAAUCAGGUUGUUCAACGGUUCUAAUCCCAACCAGAGUGUUGCAAGUUCUACAGCUCCACCACAGCAACAACAAGUCCCAAUCAAAUACCCGUGCUGCCCCUCACCUUCUCCCCUCCAAUGAGCAUUAUUCUCUUUCGAAAAGAGAGCAAGUUUCGGAUAUCCAAACGUGCCCGGAAUCGGACGAGCAGGAGAUGCCGCAGCUGCCACAAGAAUGGACUUACUAAUGUCGCGGGGGGUUUAAGGUUAAAAAAUUGGUGUACAUAAUAAUAAUAAUAAUAAUAAUAAUAAUAAUAAUAAUAAUAAUAAAUAUAUAUUCAAUUUGGUAGAAAUAAAUAAAUAAAUAAUAAGGGAAAAUAAAGUCGGGAUUUGAAAGUGUAUAAUGGAUCAAAUCUCUGGCUCCCCCGUUUGCUUGUUUUUCUUCUUCUUUCUCGAUUAGGUGAAAGUAAUAAGGAUGAUGAUAUUGAUGAGGGUCAAUGGUGGUCCAAAAUAAAUAUGAAUAUUAUUCUGCUUCGAUUUAAUUUGUGGAAUUAGAAUGUGACAUAUUAUUUGUGUUUCUGCUUCUCCCAGCAUUUAUCACCCAAUGCGUUGCAUAUAAUUUGUUGCACAAAAUUAGCAAUAAACUUUAUUCACUGAU